AUGGAAUCAACCCAGCAGGUCGAAAAGCAGAGCGCACAAGAGACUGCUCCCUCUUCAACUCGCGAAAUUGUCGCAGACUUGGUUUUCCCAAACUUGACCUCGCUUUGGCUAUCGCAAGAGCUUGAAGAUCAGGCGAGCCUCAGGCGACUCAAACAGGUUUGGGACAUGUUCUCCUCAGGAUGGAGCCCUCAAGACAAGAUGCAUAUCUAUCGUCUCCUCCCUGAGGUGCGAACUAACCCUACAAACCGAAAGGUCCCCAGUAAACACAAACUCUACAAACAUGACAUCACCUUCGGACUCUGGGUUAUCCUCCGAUGCAUAUACCCUGAUCAGAAACUUCCAGCUCUCAGACUUGCUCUCAUGGAAAGGUAUCCAGGUAUAGAUCUCAGUGCCUUCACCGGUCCUAUUCCCAAGGUUUCCUGCAUGACUCCCCAGGAACGCAUUCCCAGGAAGCGUGAGCUCAAGGUUGUGACUCCUUGUUUUGAGAAGAACAUGCUUGAGGAAGAUGAUAAGAUUAACCCUAGCGACUUGUCCCUCAAAGAAGAGGAUUGCACUUUUGACGAUACUGUAAUCCGUAUCCCGAAAUUUGAGCCUCACCUGGACCAGAUCCGCUCCUCUAAACCUGACAAACCUUCCGCCCAGCGUUUGAAGGAGGUCGAGUCGAAAAUGCGAGGCAUGGUUCUUGGAGAACCUCACAGUGCUUCUUACAGCAACUUUCUGAAGUCGAAGUCCAGCACUGCGCCAGUAGACGUAUCUACUUAUGCUCCCGACAUCACAAAGCUAUGCAUCAGUCCUAGCGCUAUGCAAAAAGCAGACGUUGAAUCUUUGGCGAGCGACGAAUCUUCUCCUGAGGAUGACUCUGCCCAGACUGUACUUUCAAACAAGCAGUUCCUCGAGUUGAAAAAUCUCAUUACCAAUGUUACAACUGAAUCGAAACGAGAUGUUUCUAGUGAAAUGCGCAAGAUGCAUACCGAGACGACGAAGCAGAUUCAGAACAUGCACACCGAGAUGAUUGACCAGUUCAAGAAGAAUAGAAAGACAUUGGUCGAUAUUGGUAACCAAGUUGCUGAGAUACGAGCACAUAUCGAGCUUGCACGUAUGGAUCGGAAGGAUCUGGACGAAGUUGAGGCCAGAGCCAUCAACCUUGAGCAGUUCAUCUUGUCACUUUGA